CAUGGAAACCCACUGUGCUAUGUUUGUGUUAUUUUCAGAGUCGGAACCUCACCUUAAACUUGUUCUCACUACUUUGGUGAUUUAGGUAAGGGUGGCGUGGUUAAUCUUGCAGGUGUGAUGGCAUUUGCCCUAAAAUACAUAUAUAUCUUCCCUUGAGAUUCAACUACUCUGCACAGGGGACUUUUCUACAUAUUCAAAAUAGAUAGGAGACAAGUAAAAAAAAGUAGUUACCACAGUGACUGACCUGGGUAUUGUUACCACAGCAGUACAGGCCUGGGUGCGUAUAUGAUAAUUUUAUACGAAGACAUAGAUAUCAGCAUCAGAUAAACAGUUCAGAUAGCUUGUGCUGCACCGCCUGACUACGUGAGAUAGACUCAGCCAAUCAAAGACCCCGAACAAAUACUGUAUGCAUCAAACUAUACGGCCAGUUCCAACCAACCCAACUUGAAAUCUACACUGAAUUUUCUGUGGCCAUGAGAACAGUAAAUAAAAUGUGCUCAAAUUCAUCUACCUAUUUUCCAGUUAGUAUGGAUUCACCUUUCUUUUUUUUCAAGAACACCCUUGAUCUGAGUAGGAGCAUAUUUAAAAGUGUCUUGCAUAUAGGAAGUUCAGCAGCUGCUACUACUGUUUUUCCAUUACUAAAAUGGUUAUAGUGAUACUGACCUUCCUUCAUGAAGUGCUUUGAGAUCUAGAUAAAAAGUGCUAUAUCAGAGCUGAGUGUUAUAAUAUUUUAAAUCUGCAGUUUUCAAAAGGACCAGUGUUAAGUGUCCAUCUCCAUGGACGUUCACUGGGAUUUGGGUGGCUAAACUCUCUCAGGCCUCUGACAAUCUCAGCCUAACGUGAUGAAAAUGUUCCUGCACUGCAGAGAUGGUGAAAUGCAGUUUCAAAAUGCCUAUGGAUGGAGCAUGCAUCCACUCCAAUGAGACGUGAUUGCUAUGCCUGCAUUUGUCAGUUGUGACCGGGUAAUCUUGCACAAUACGGUCAUGAAUGGAUCAGUGAGUCUCAACCAGGGAUAUGCGUACCCCAGGGGUACGCAAAGGUCUUCCGUGGGAUAGAUCAACUCAUCUGAAUAUUUGCCUAGUUUUACAACAGGCUACAUAAAAAGCACUAGCAAAGCUUUCUGGCUCAUAUGCUGGAGGAAUCCUUGCUGCGGGGGUGUUUUCAUUUUCUCGUCUGACAUGGCAGUGGUCCAUCUCAGCAGAGGUUUUUAGCUUAAACAAUCUGUUUGUGGGUCUGCUUAUGGCGCUUACUGUACAUUUUGAGGAGGCAGCCACUGCGAAGGAGAGAUCAAAGAUAUCGAAAGUUGGCGCCUUUUGCUGUGGGCUUAGUUUGUGCAAUCAGCACACCAUAGUGCUUUAUGUGUUGUGCAUUGUACUAUGGGUUCUGUUCCAACUUUUCAAAGGGAAGGAAUUGUCCUUUGGCCAUUUGCUGAAGUUGGGCUUAUGCUUCUUGACUGGUUUGCUGCCUUAUCUCUAUCUGCCUGCCUCGUCCUACCUAAAUCGAGCACGUUGGACCUGGGGAGACCAGACGACUUUUCAAGGAUUUUUGACCCACUUUCUCAGGGAAGAAUAUGGGACAUUCAGUCUGGCCAAAUCGGAGGCAGGAUCCAGUAUGAGAGAAAUGUUGCUUUCUCAGGUAACACACAUGAAAACAGAACUUUCCUUUACUGUCCCAGCCCUUGCGAUCGUGGCGUGGUUACAUACAGCAAUGCAGGCUAAGCAGGAGAAGACAUCAAUGAUAUGGCUAUUUACUGGAAUGCUAUGCAUUUAUUCAUUAUUCUUUGCUUGGAGGGCAAAUUUGGAUAUUACAAAACCACUUUUUAUGGGUGUGGUGGAGCGAUUUUGGAUGCAGAGCAAUGCAGUGGUUGCUGUUCUAGCAGGACUAGGCCUGGCCUCUCUUGUCUCUGUCGGAAAUACAGUGCUUGAGAACAACCGUGUGCUGCAGUGCGUGGAGUGGCUUUCCGCUGCUGCUCUUGUUACUAGUCAAAUUUAUGCCAAUUACAGCAUUUGUGACCAAAGCCGCAAUUACGUUGUUGAUAAAUUUGCAAGGAACCUUCUGUCCUCCAUGCCACCUGAUGCAAUAAUCUUGCUCAGAGGAGACCUAACAGGGAAUUCUCUUCGUUACCUUCAUUAUUGUGAGGGAAUGAGACCUGAUGUCACAUUAGUGGAUCAAGAGAUGAUGACUUAUGAGUGGUAUUUACCAAAGGUGGCAAAGCAUUUGCCAGGCAUCUCUUUUCCUGGGAAGCGGUGGAAUCCUGUGGAAGGAAUAUUACCCGAUGGAACGCUCACGUUUAAUCUCCAUCAUUUUCUCAAAGUAAAUAAACAUAAGGAAGCAUUUGCGUGCAUAGGACUUAACGAAGGGGACUCAACUUGGAGAAAAAGCUAUUCACUUUGGCCAUGGGGUUCCUGUGACAAAUUGGUUUCUUCAGGAACUGCUUUUAACCCAGGAGAGUGGUUACGUCUUACAAGGAGUAUCUAUAACUGGACUGAAGACUAUGGAAGGUUUGAUCCAUCAUCAUGGGAAGCUGUAGCAAAUGAAGAGAUGUGGCAAGCCAGGAUGAAAACUGCCUUCUUUAUCUUUGACCUUGCAGAAACUGCUAGCGUGUCUCCAGAUAUAAAAUCCCAACUUUAUACCUUUGCAUACAAUUCAUACAAGGAAAUCAUCAAUUCACAUAAAAACCACCCAGUCAAUUGGCAUAAAAACUAUGCGAUAGCUUGCGAAAGGAUGCUGCGUCUCCAUAAGAUGGAUGUGGACCCUGAAAUGUUGUUAUCUGAAACUGUUAAACAUUUCCUCCUCUAUACGGAGAAAGCAGAGGAUGAUCCCCAGCGAGCAGAUAUUUUGCAGGCUGUAAAACACCUGAAGAAAGAGCUGCAGGGGCUGAGAAAAAUGAAAAAAAAUCUGGAGCGGCAAGCUGUAUAGAACCCAUUUGUGGACCUGCUUUCUGAAGUGUUAAAAUUCUGAAGUCGGGAGGUAAAAUUGAAUCCAUUAUUAACAACGUGAGAAGGUUUUUUAAAUACAACAGAACUGAUAGUGGAAGGAAAUCAAGUGGUCGCCUGGAUGGAAACGUAGCACUGUUCUUUCUUUUGCUGUUGCCAGAUGAAGAGUUCUGAUAGCCAGCGCACAUUUGACAUUGAUUUGUAUAGAAAAAAAUUGGUUACCAAAUUAAGCACUAUGUUUAAAAAAAUAAAAAAGUGAGGAAGUCCAAAAUACUGUGUGUGAAAAUACGUCCAUUGAUUUUAUUUGAUAUGUAUAAUUGCCUCAUAAAUAUAUAAAAUUCAUUUCCUACAAAAAGUU